UGCUGUCAUCCAGCAUCCACCAUUUUACCUCAUAGUGCAAGAAGGAAAUCUGAUGUGGAGCCAUGCUUUGUGAAGGCAGAUUGUUGAUCAUGACCUACUGUGAAGUCGAAGAGCUGGACUCCCUUUCUUCUAAGCCGGCUUUCCAGAAUGCUUAUGGGUCACAGAAAGCAGCUGCUGCCCUCAUAACAGGUUCCACCAGACAUGCCCCCCUUGUUCAUCACAAUUCCCCGGAGCAGAUGGCUACAGACAACCGAAGGGCUUCAGCUGAGUUGUACAUUUCUCCUUUGCAGUCCUUAGAUCUCCAGAGAGCUCAUCUAGGCAGGCAGAUCUCUCGAGAGAUAGAGAUCCCGGCCCAAGCUCACUCAGGUGGCGAUACCCCUUUCUUGGUUCCCUCCUUCUGUCAGAGCAUUUGCAAAAACUACAGUGACCUUCAUAUCGCAGGUGACCAGGUGCUACCUCUCUCAGCUAAUAACUGUGAGCUGAGGGUUUGUGCCGAUGUCCCGGAUGUCGGUCCCUUUAUCCAGUCUUGUGAUGUGCCCCCAGCUGUGGAAGAUUCCCUCCAAGGACACGAAGCUCGGGAUGGGAUGCUGUUUCCACUUAGGGGAGGUUCGAAUCGGUGGAGACUGGGGAGCGGCCGUGAUCGGAGCUUUUUGCUCCAGGGGCAUGAAGGUCCAUUUUCCAACUCCCUUCUGAAUCACUACCUGGAGCAAAAGCUUCUGGAUCUGUAUCAGCAAUACAUGAUGGAAAAUAUGGCAAGAGAAGGAGCCCCUGGUUCAGACUCUGACGCAAGUGCCAUUUGCCCUUUACUGGGCUCAGAGCUGGUCCUCACCAGCCUGGACCAAAUCACUUUGCAGCUCAGCCGGGAGGGCAACAUGGAGGCCGGCUUGGCCAAGGACAUGGUCCUGAGCUGCUUCCUGCGAGUCGCUGGUGAUAUGCAGUCAAGUGAGAUCAGCACUCCCUUUCUGCAGAUUUCUAAUGAGGCGUCCAGGGAGCAACUCACAGAGAGUAAUGAGUGACCCCACUGUCAAGGAACUCCUUCAUUCAAUACUGCCUUUCAUUUCAGUACAACACUGAAAAAAAAACCCAGGAUUGGACUGAUAACCACAUUUUUAUUUUAUUAGGUCUUGAGAAGAUGUUACGUGGGAUUAUACAGUAAUUACCUGGAAAAUGUGCCGUAUUUAUGCAUCCUAAAUUGAAUUUGCAGUGAUG